AUGGCAGAGAUGGAAGACAGUGAAAGGAAGAUGGACGAUGGAGACGGGCAGGGCGACAAGAUGCAGGACAAGGGAGAGAGAAAGGCGUCAGGAGGAAGGAAGCGAGGGGUCCCUAACUACCAGGAUGAAGAGGAUGUAGAACUUGCCAAGAUUUUCUCACAGAUCAAGCCCCAGACGGCUCGGGCAUGGAAGACGGUGGUAGACUUGUACGAGAGAUGGUGUACAAUGACGGGAAAGCCGAUCAGAGACGAGCGAUCAGUUCGUAACAGGAUUGCCAAGCUCAACCAAGCUACAAAAGUGCUAUCCGAUCCUUCUACAGCUCCCACACAUGUUCGUUCCUUGCACAUAUUUGACCGCUCUGCUCGCGCCAAGCGGCUGUUCAACACGAGGGAUGGACGCAUGCUCAACAUAGCAGUGGAUCAUGGAAUUUUCAAUGAUGGCCGCUUCCUUGCUGGCAUCGAGUCAAUGUCUGACGUGCUAAAAAUUCUUGUUCAGCUGCAUCCCAACUCCAUUCAGCUCUCUCCUGGCCAAGCACAUCUCCUCCUCACAGCCUCGCAGGCUGCAGGAUGUCCUGUGCCUGCGCUGAUCCUGCGCUGUGAUGUCUCGAACGUGUACACCGCAAAGUUCCCUUGCCUGCCCUUCUGCGAGCUGCAGAACGAGAACAUCAUUGAGGAGGCGAUCCGGCUGGAUGCAGCAGGCGUCAUCUGCACUCUCCUCAAGCUCCCCGAGGACGCGCCUGGUGCCGUCGAGAUUCACAAGCAGACGGUCCGGAACGUUUGCACGCUGCGCAACUCCUGCACGAAAUGGAACAUGCCGCUCAUCGUCGAGGUGCUGGCGGUGAAGUGGAAUGAGAACAAGGAUUCCUUUGUGCUGGAGACAGAUAUGAGCAUCACAGCGCCGCUAGCAAGGCUGGCUUGCGAGCUAGGAGGCGACAUCCUCAAAUGCGACCCUCCUGUCAACAUCCAGGACGUCAAGACUAUCUUGCACGUGUGCCAGCCCUCGCAGGUUCUGCUGCGAGGAAGCGACAAGGGAGAUGAAGAAGGCAUGAUCGAAGACGCGCGCAAGUUCAUUGAGAUGGGUGCCGCAGGUCUUGUGUAUGGAAGGAGCAUCAUUCAUCAUGCCGACCCAGCAGUAUUCACAAGACAAAUUCUGAAAGCUAUACAUGGAGAUUGA